UACUGUUGCCGUAGACGACAAAAACCCAUUGGGAAAUAUCAAACUGAAAGAUCAUCACCAAAAUAUCAAAAUUGAAUGCUUCAUCAUCUUCCCCGAGUAAGCGUCCGAUCUGAACUUCUCCUGCACCAACUUUCCGGGAAAGUAUUCAGCAAAAGGAAAAGGCUUUCCGGGAAAAUAAGGAGUAUGCUGGGCGGCGCAGUCUCAUGCCAUCACCUCACUGUGCCAAACCAUUUUCAGCUUCACAAGCCCGCUUCCAGAUGGCGGUGGCAGAAAUCUACUGUAAUCAAGUGUUGUAAGAGGGCCGAGGAGGGAUUAAGAACAGAGAAGAACUAUUAUGAGUUGCUUGGAGUUUCAGUUGAUUCAACUCCUCAGGAUAUCAAAGGCGCCUACAGGAAGCUGCAGAAGAAGUAUCACCCAGAUAUUGCUGGCCAACGGGGUCAUGAGUAUACUUUGAUGCUGAACAAGGCAUACAAGGUGCUGAUAAGAGAGGAUCUCAGAAGAGAAUACGAUGCUUCUAUUGGCCAACUGAGAGUGAGUUUUGGGAGAAAUAUUCCUGGCUUGGGUUCCAGCUCGUGGGAAGGACCCAUAAGAUCCCACGCUCUCUUUGUUGACGAGAAUGCUUGCAUAGGGUGCAGAGAAUGUAUCCACCAUGCCAGCAACACAUUCACAAUGGACGAAUCUCUUGCAUCAGCCAGAGUCAGAGUUCAAUAUGGAGACGAUGACACAAAAUUAGAGGUCGCCGUCGACUCGUGUCCGGUAAAUUGUAUCCACUGGGUGGACGGAAAAGACUUGCCGGUGCUGGAGUUUCUAAUGCGGCCUCGGCCGAAGGAAGGCCACGGUGUAUUUGGCCAAGGCUGGGAAAGGCCUAAAAACGUUUUCUCGGCGGCCAAGGCCUUCGCCAAGCAACUCCAACAAGAAGCUGCAAACCAUCCAAGAACUGGACAAUCAAGCGCCGCUGAACGUGAAACCCCAGCCCAAGCAGAGGCUCGAGCACGCGCAAGCAUGAAGUUGAAGGAGGAAAGGUUCCCCAGAAUCUGGACCUGGGUAAGGGAGAUCUUAGGCAGAUGAUGAUUGAAACAAGAAGACAAAAGCGUAAAGAAAAGAAUGGAUCUUUGGGUUCUUAACUACAAGAGAUAAUGCAUUGUAUGUAUAUUUCAACUAACUAACCACGCGUUGAUGUAACUCUUCACCUUUCUUUGUUUUUUAAUGAUUCUCAAACUCCAAACUAAACCUAAGUAUUUUGACCA